CCGGCAAGCUGCAUCCCUCUCCGCCGCAGAGGUUUGACUACAGUCAGAAGAAAAAGACACACACACACACACACACUCACUCACAGGCGCGCACAAAAAAGUUUUACAGCUGGCGGGCGACGAUCGUGAUCCGUCGGAGGAGCGAUCUGCGAUCUGAUCUGAGCGAGUGUCUGCUGACAGAGAGGAGGAGGCGGGUUGUCAAAGCUGCAAAGGUGCUUCCAGACUUCAGACGUUACUCCUGACUUGUGGGAAACUACAAUGGCCGACCGAUUCGACUGUCGCAACUGCAAAGAAUCCCUGUACGGCCGCAAGUACAUCCAGUCAGACGACAGUCCGUACUGCAUCCCCUGUUAUGACAGUCUUUUCUCAAACACGUGUGAUGAGUGCAAAGAAUUGAUUGGCCACGAUGCAAGGGAGCUCUUCUAUGAAGAACGGCAUUACCACGAGCACUGCUUCCGCUGUUUCCGCUGUGAUCGCUCAUUGGCAGAUGAACCCUUCACCAGCCAGGAUGAAGCGCUGCUCUGCAACGACUGCUACUGUAAUGAAUUCUCCUCCAAGUGUGUAGCCUGCGACAAGAUUGUCAUGCCAGGUACGAGAAAGCUGGAGUAUGCAGGUUCUACAUGGCACGAGGGCUGCUUCAUCUGUCACAGCUGUGAACAACCAAUUGGCUCAAAGUCUUUCAUUCCUGACAAGGAUGAGCACUACUGCGUGCCCUGCUACGAGGACAAGUUCGCUCCGCGCUGCACACGCUGUAAAAAGACCCUGGCUAAAGGUGGCGUGACCUAUCGGGAUGAGCCGUGGCAUAAGGAGUGUUUCGUGUGCACCAGCUGUAAGACGCAGCUGGCCGGUCAACACUUCACCUCCCGAGAGGACAGCCCGUACUGCCUCAAAUGCUUCGGCAGCCUCUAUGCCAAAAAGUGUGAGGCCUGCAGCAAACCAAUCACAGGUUUUGGGGGAGGAAAGUACAUCUCAUUUGAAGAACGCCAGUGGCACCAGCCAUGUUUCACCUGCUCCCAGUGCUCCGUCUCACUCGUGGGCGCUGGCUUUUUCCCCGACGGUGACAGGAUCCUGUGCCGCGAUUGUCACAGCAACCUAUAGAGGAGUGAUUUACUCUGUUCUCACCCGUUCACUGUUUGGUAUAGCUUUUCAAGAACCCCAAAUCUUUACAGGCUUGGCAUCACGGGCGAACAAAUGCUGCCUCAGGUCAUUCACAUCAGUGCCUCGUGUCUGUAUCGCAUUUUCACCAGGAGUCAGUUCACAAAUCCUGUUUUGAUGCUGCAUUUUUUUUUGUUGUUGCAUGAACCACCACAGAGAUUUCCUCUUCGACCAAAAAGGAUUUUGUAUAUGGAAUGCCUUAAUUACAGCAUUACUUGUAUGCUAUGUACUGUUGAAGCAAAGAAAAGCAAAAUGCUUGUCACUUUGCAAAAUAUAAUUUUUUAUAUAAAUAAAAUGUCACUUCAGGUAGAAGUCAGGCUCUGAAGAGAAGACACCAAACACUGAUACAGUAUAGUAUAUAAACAUUACAGUUUGUAUUUCAAAGGUAUGGUGGAGUUACUGUUUUAAUGCUCUUAUAACUGCAGUUUUAUGCAUUUUGAAUGUUGCUUUUCCCCUCACGUGUCAGUUAUCUUUCCAUAAUGUAUGUCUCGCUUUGUGCAUCUUGAACAAGUUACUGUAUAUAAUGACAUAGAGGGAGGGGGGGGGACACUUUUGUAAAAAGUGGUAAAAUUAGACCAACUUUAUUAAAUUAAAAUAUCAAAGUAAAGCCGAGAGGAAAAAAGAAAGACUUGCUGAGUAUAUGUUCCGUGAGGUUGUCAGUUUUUGGUGGUCAAUACAACUCAUUUGCACUCUGGGUAAGAUAUCCCGUUGUUAUGUGCACAUAAAAUACACAAUUCAAAGACAUGGCACAAGACACGCAGACCACUUUUUUUUUUUUUUUGUCAUGUAUCUGCUUAUGUUGAACUUUGCAAUGACACUUAUUUUACAUUAAGUUUAUCUUGUUUCUCUUUUUCGACUGUCUUAAUGAAUCUUUUUUAUCAGCAUUUUGCAAAGAGACAGCAUUUAUAAUCCAAAAGACGCUGAUAUAAAAACGUGUAUUGCAGGAAUAUGCAUGUGUUCAUCUGCCAUGAUUUUGCCUCAGUAAUUAUUUCGUUGCUGUUAGCGCUGUCAGUGUUUUGUUUUUCAUUGUUAGUUUGUGUAUGUGAAAAAAUUAUAUUAAAAAAAUGGCUAUUAUAAUUUCAUUAUUUCAGCUUUGAUGCUGGUGAGUCAGAGUUGGCAAAUGUACUUUUUAACGAUGGAAAAUAGCCCAUCAAGAUGAUAACCGAAUGAACUUACUGUAAAUGAGAUGAUGAUUGAUAUGGCUUAAUGGUUAGUUUUAUUUUUGAAGCCUUAUUAAAUAACUUUACACUGAC